AUGGGCAGUGACGAAGGUGAAUAAACAUUGGUGGAAAGGUGUGUGAGAAAGAAAAUAGUAAUGAUGUUUUGUUGGGUAAUAACAGAAGAAACUAGAAGGAAAUGGAGAAGUCUAGGAGUUUCUUCUUCUACAUUCACCGCGAAACCUCCAGAACCAUUCCGAUGCAUCUUCUCCUUCAACAAAUACCACACCUUUCUCUCUUCUCCACCGCUUCACUUACAUUCACAACGAUAAGUAACAUUACUCCAUUAUUACUCUAACGUAACCAAACUCUACGCAAUUGUAUAUACACUCCUUUACCCGUUUCAUUCCACACUCACUAGCUUCUCAAUUUCUCGUAAAGCAAAUCUUUUUUCUUUCGCGUCUCAAGAUUAGAAAUGAAUCCCGACAAGUUUACCCACAAGACGAACGAGGCUCUUUCCUCGGCGCACGAGCUUGCAAUGAGUGCAGGACACGCGCAGUUCACUCCUCUGCACCUUGCAUGCGCUUUGAUAUCUGAUGCAAGUGGUAUUUUCUUCCAAGCGAUUUCAAGUGCAGGUGGGGAGGAAUCAGCACGCGCCGCGGAGAGAGUGUUUAACCAAGCGUUGAAGAAGUUGCCGUGUCAAUCUCCUCCUCCUGAUGAGAUACCCGCGAGCACGACCCUGAUCAAGGCAAUUAGAAGAGCACAGGCUGCACAGAAGUCGCGUGGGGACACGCACUUAGCCGUUGAUCAAAUGAUUCUGGGAAUACUCGAAGAUUCUCAGAUUGGAGAGUUGCUGAAAGAAGCAGGGGUGGCUACGGCUAGGGUAAAAUCAGAGGUUGAAAAGCUUCGUGGGAAGGAAGGGAAGAAGGUUGAAAGUGCUUCUGGGGACACUACUUUUCAGGCUUUGAAGACUUAUGGGCGUGACCUUGUUGAACAAGCGGGGAAGCUUGAUCCUGUAAUUGGGCGUGAUGAAGAAAUUAGAAGGGUUGUGAGGAUUUUGUCAAGGCGAACCAAGAACAACCCGGUUCUUAUUGGAGAACCGGGAGUGGGUAAAACUGCCGUGGUUGAAGGGUUGGCACAGAGGAUUGUAAGAGGGGAUGUUCCAAGCAAUCUUGCUGAUGUUAGGCUUAUUGCGUUGGAUAUGGGUGCAUUGGUUGCGGGUGCUAAGUAUAGGGGAGAAUUUGAAGAGAGGUUGAAGGCGGUUUUGAAGGAAGUGGAGGAAGCUGAAGGGAAAGUCAUUCUUUUUAUUGAUGAAAUUCAUCUUGUUCUUGGUGCUGGUCGAACUGAAGGGUCAAUGGAUGCUGCUAAUCUUUUCAAACCUAUGCUUGCACGUGGCCAACUUAGAUGCAUUGGUGCCACCACACUUGAGGAAUAUAGAAAGUAUGUGGAAAAGGAUGCGGCUUUUGAAAGAAGGUUUCAACAGGUUUAUGUGGCUGAGCCUAGUGUGCCUGAUACCAUUAGUAUACUUCGUGGGCUGAAGGAGAGAUACGAGGGUCAUCAUGGUGUUAGAAUUCAGGAUCGUGCUUUGGUUGUGGCAGCUCAAUUGUCUAGUCGGUAUAUUACUGGGCGUCAUCUUCCUGAUAAGGCAAUUGACUUAGUUGAUGAGGCUUGUGCAAAUGUGAGGGUUCAACUUGAUAGUCAGCCUGAAGAAAUUGAUAACCUUGAGAGAAAGAGAAUGCAGCUGGAAGUGGAACUUCAUGCUCUAGAGAAGGAGAAGGACAAAGCUAGCAAAGCCCGUCUUGUUGAAGUUCGGAAGGAACUUGAUGACUUGAGAGACAAGCUUCAACCCUUGAUGAUGAAGUACAGAAAAGAGAAAGAGAGGGUUGAUGAGAUUAGAAGGCUCAAGCAGAAGCGAGAGGAGCUCCUCUUUGCUCUACAAGAGGCUGAGAGACGAUAUGAUCUAGCCAGAGCUGCUGAUUUGAGAUAUGGUGCAAUUCAAGAAGUGGAAACUGCUAUACAACAGCUUGAAGGGAGCACUGAGGAGAACUUAAUGUUGACAGAAACUGUUGGACCAGAGCAAAUAGCCGAGGUUGUGAGCCGCUGGACCGGUAUACCAGUGACUAGGCUUGGCCAAAAUGAGAAAGAAAGGUUGAUUGGUCUUGGUGACAGAUUGCAUAAAAGAGUUGUAGGGCAAGACGAAGCUGUUAAUGCUGUUGCUGAGGCUGUGUUGAGAUCAAGAGCUGGGCUUGGUAGACCUCAACAACCAACUGGUUCAUUCCUGUUUCUUGGUCCAACUGGUGUUGGUAAAACUGAGCUUGCAAAGGCUCUUGCUGAGCAACUCUUUGAUGAUGAAAAUCAGUUGGUGAGGAUUGACAUGUCUGAAUACAUGGAGCAGCACUCAGUUUCUAGACUGAUUGGUGCACCACCAGGAUAUGUUGGACACGAGGAAGGUGGACAAUUAACUGAAGCUGUAAGGCGAAGGCCUUACAGCGUGGUACUUUUUGAUGAAGUAGAAAAGGCGCAUACAUCAGUGUUCAACACUCUUCUUCAAGUUUUAGAUGAUGGGAGGUUAACUGAUGGACAAGGCCGUACUGUGGACUUCAGAAACACUGUCAUUAUCAUGACCUCAAACCUUGGAGCAGAACACCUCCUAAGUGGACUUUCAGGAAAAUGUUCAAUGCAAGUUGCUCGAGAUCGUGUAUUGCAAGAGGUGAGAAAGCAUUUUAGGCCAGAAUUGUUGAACCGACUUGAUGAAAUUGUGGUAUUUGAUCCACUUUCACACGAGCAAUUGAGGAAGGUUGCAAGGUUGCAAAUGAAGGAUGUUGCUAUUCGUCUUGCUGAGAGAGGAAUUGCCUUGGCAGUGACAGAUGCAGCACUAGACUAUAUUCUUAGCGAGAGCUAUGAUCCGGUGUAUGGUGCUAGACCAAUCAGGAGGUGGCUUGAGAAGAAGGUGGUGACAGAGCUGUCUAGAAUGCUUAUAAGGGAAGAGAUUGAUGAGAAUUCAACAGUUUACAUAGAUGCUGGAUCAAAAGGGAGCGAGUUGGUCUACCGUGUGGAAAAGAAUGGAGGGAUUGUUAAUCCAACAACUGGUCAGAAAUCAGAUAUUUUAAUUCAGUUACCAAAUGGACCAAAAAGUGAUGCUGCUCAGACAGUCAAGAAGAUGAAGAUUGAGGAAAUUGAUGAUGAUGAAAUGGAAGAGUGAAUUUUAUAAGUGUAAUUAUCUUUGAUGCCCAGAGUGGCCCAAGUUUUUGUUCCUCCUUAAAACUGCUUUUUUUUUCUAUUUUCUGAACGAGUGUGAGUGACCGAAGAAAGAAGUUUCUUGUAAUACAUGCAGCUUUUGUUUGAUCAAUAAAAUUUUGUUUCUGUGAAUAAGUUGAUUAAUGAUUACUAAAUUGGGAUGGGUAUUUUCAGGUCCUUUUAGUUGCUUGUAAUCUUUGCUGGGCGAACCUGGAAAUUGUCUAUCUGGUACUUGUUAAUUUUUGUGCAAUAGUUCGUUUUUG